ACCCUUCACUUCUCGCUCAUCCCCUUCACCCCUUUCCCUUGUGCUGACUGCGGAAGCCGAACAAUGCCGUAGAUCAGAGCAGCGCAGCCCCCGCCAUGCUGCUACGCGCCGCGCUCCACCUCAACCGCCUUUUCUCCACUGACGCCGCCCUCGCACCCCCGAAGCUGCGGAACCUGCCCUACCGUCUCCGUCACGUCGCCGUCCCCGCCGCGCGCGCUGUCGUCUCCGAGUACCUCCACUCGACGCGCUGCCUCCCGUCCUCCCACGCCGACUCCAUCGCCACGCACUCCCCGCGCUCCCUCUUUUCCUUCCUCGCCGCGCUCCCCACCGUGCCGUGCUCCCUCCCCACCGCGGAGUUUCCCGCCCUCCUUCGCCGCCACCUCAACUUCCACCCGCUCAAUGAGCUCCCCUUCUUCCUCGAAUCAAUCGGCGGGCCCACCGCGGCGCCCCCCUGCUUCAACUCCAUCUUCCUUUCCGACCAUCCCUCCCUGCUCGGCGCCGUCGCCGCGCUCGCGCACUUCGGAUUCCCGUGGUCACGCCUCGGCCUCCUCUACCCUGGCGUCCUCCUCGACAUGCCCCCGGACCUCAUCUCCACGCGCCUCUCCGUUCUCGAGGCCCGCCUCCACGGGCUUCCUCGCGCCGCCAUCAUCGCCGCCUGCCUCACCUUCCCAUCACUUCUCGAGGGGGAUCUAUCCGAUUAUGACCUACUCAUUAAGGAUAUCGCCACCACGUUCAUAGGAUUGGGACCGGAUUUGAGGGCCAGCAAUGACAUUGACGCGUUCUCGGCGGUGUGCCGGAGGAUGCGGAUGUUUUAUGAUGCCGGGACAGAGUUUGGUAGCAUUGGGGGACUCGUCGGAGGCAGCCAGAGGGUGUUUCUUGAGCUCGGGGAGAAGAGGAUUGCUGAGAGGUUAUGGUUCUUCAAAGAGCUGGGGAUGGAGGGCAAGGAGAUGGGAAGGUUUUUGCUGAGCAAUGCCAGGAUUUUUGAUCUUGAUUUCUCUGAUGUGGUGAUCUCAGUGCCAAGAUAUCUGCUGAAUGUUGGAUUGGCAGAGGAUGAGGUUGAUGCUGCGGUGGGGAAGCACCCAUAUGUUGUUGGGAAGAACCAGCUGGAGAACCUUGCCAGGGUGCUGCGGGCAAUGGAGCUGGAGCAUCGGUUCCUGGAGAAGAUAUUGGCAGGUGGGGAGAGUUUGCGCUAUUUAUCACCAGAAUUUGUUUUGGAGGAUGAUAGCUAUGAUGCCGAGGUCGAAAGAGCUUUCUUGGAUGGGAUGGCUAAGGUCAUGGUUGACAGGAAAGCACAAUUUGUAGACAAGAAGCUGGAGUUCUUGAAAAGUGUUGGGUAUGGUGAGAAUGAGAUAACCACCAAGGUAAUUCCAGUCAUUAACAGCACCAAGGAUUUGCUGUUGGAGCGGUUUGACUACCUCCUGGAAAGAGGAGUGGAGUAUAAGAUACUAUGUCGGAUCUUGCGCGUUUUUCCGAAGGUGCUGAACCAGAGUAAGGAUAUGCUUAAUGAGAAGUUGAACUACCUCACAGAGGAGCUGGGCUACUCCUUGGAGUACCUGGGCUGCUUCCCUGCAUUUCUGUGCUUUGAUUUGGAGAACAGGGUCAAACCUAGGUAUACAAUGCUUUGGUGGCUCCAAGAGCAUGGCUUGCUUAGAAAAAAAUUAGCCCCUGCAACAGUGCUUGCUAACUCAGAGAAGAGGUUCAUUAGUACCCUUUACCUUGUGCAUCCUGCAGUUCCAAAGUUGUGGCUUGAGUGUUUUUCUUCAAGGAUACAUAUGGACUAUUAUCUCAAGAACAUCAAUCAGCAUCCAGACAACAUAUAAGAAUUAUAUUGACAUUGUUAAUGGUACAUGGUAUUUGCCAUGUGCAUCCUUUUCUCUGUUGAGGUGUAUUUGUUAGAUGUAGCAGCUUUAUAUUGGCAUUUUUUUUUGCUCCUGCAUACUUAUCAGUAGGUCGCAGGAUGUAGCAUGAAAGGGAUACACCAAUCAGACAGCAAACCUUGUAAGUUGAUUGUGGUAAAGCUGUGCUGCAAAUUUGAACUCUGUUUCAGUUCAAUUUCCACGUUCCUCCUA